UAAUAAAAAAAAGAAACUAAUUAUAUGCCCAAUAAUAAAUAGACCCCGAAAACCCACCACACUCUCUCUCACACUGUCUUAACAUUCACUUCGAGUUUUCCGCUUCCAUCGCCACCACCAUUUUCUUCUCUGGUAAUCAUGGCAUCCAUGUCGGCUGUGAAUGUUUCCCCCCUAUGCAUGGUUCAAACUGCAAGCCGCAAUCAAUCAACCGGUGCUACCACAGUGAAGUGCCCUUCCUCUUUCGGGUCUGCGAAGAGCAUUUCAUUCUCUCUUGGAUUGAAGUCAUCCUCUUCAUUUAGAACAACAGCAAAGGCUGCUUACAAGGUUAAGUUGAUUGGACCAGACGGAAAAGAGAAUGAGUUUGAUGCCCCCGAUGAUGUUUACAUCUUAGACGCAGCAGAGAAUGCUGGAGUUGAACUCCCUUAUUCGUGCCGUGCUGGAGCAUGCUCUACUUGUGCAGGAAAGAUUGUUUCUGGUGCGGUGGAUCAGUCUGAUGGCUCAUUCUUGGAUGACAAUCAACUCAAGGAAGGUUUUGUCCUUACCUGUGUUUCGUAUCCGACCGCAGACUGUGUAAUCGAAACUCACAAGGAAGGUGAACUUUACUGAGAAAUGCUGGACUUAAAAUUUAAAACCAUUGCACAAGGAAACUGGGAAUUUAAGGUAGAUUUUGCAGCUGAUUUGCUUGUUCUGCUUUAGAAAAUCAGCCUUUUCUUUUGGCAUUAUUUGUGAUUUGAGAUUAUGGAUUUUUGCCUAUGCAAGCAAAUACUGUGGUUUUUAGAUGAUAAUUUUGACAUUUAAAUGUGAACAAUGAUGUCAUUUUAGUUUUUUUUUUUUACAUUAAUGAUGCCAUUCUAGGAAGAACAUAAUAAAACAUCUCGUUGAAAAA